AUGCCUCCCAAGGCCACCAAGACCAAAGCCACCAAGACCAAAGCAAAGGCGAAACCAAAGGUAGCCACUCAUGCAAAAGCUGCUGAAAACACUGCUGGGCCCAGCACCGAAGACGAUUGGUCUUUUCAAACAGCAGCUGUUCAUCCUCCAGAUAAUGUCAAACUUACGCCUGCUCAUACAUUCUUUUAUGAGCAUAUUCUCCCUAACCAUCCUGUGUGGAAGUCGGAAGAAACUCUUCGCGAACACGAAAAGACAAUGGGUGGUCCUUUACAACCAUGGUGGCAUGCUCAGUCUUCUGCUUUGCCCAAUGAAGCUGGGAAAUUUGGCUUUGUGGAGAUAUAUGGGGAACAGUUGCGAGCAGAAGGUGUCAGGGCUAUGGGGAGUAGAGGCCCAUUAUGCUUUAAAGACGAAAAGAAGCACGGGUGUCACAAAGAUAAGGUUUUGGCAGCCUUCUACUACAAACAUCCUGAAAUCCGUUGCAAGAAUGUAGGGGAUGGGCUUAUCACCACCAUUGUUGACCGCUGGGAAGAUGGAAAGUUUCUCAGCUGCUCUGUGUGCUAUGCAAGUACACAUCUCACAAACUGCACAGUCAGAGGAAAGCCGGUACCUGGUCAAGAGAGUGAGUUGGGGAACGAGGGAGAGAGGGAAACCGAGGAGAUAAACGUGAAUGAUGCGAUGGAGAGUGGGAAUACGUCGGACCUGACUCCAUUACCUCAGGAGAAGCGAAGGAAAGGCAAGGAGGUUGCAAAAGACCAUUAUUCAACCACUAAAACAGUCAAAACUCCAGCUCGUCUCACUCGAUCGUCAAACGAAGCUGGUGGAUCAAAGCCUCCGAGAUCGACUCCAACAUGGAAGACCCAACAAGAAGUUGAGAAGAGGAGAACACCUCGGGGGGAUACUCCAUUGCCUCCAAGAGAUAGUGAGGGUUUCUUCAUUGAAGGGGAACCCGAGCUGACAGAUGCUGAAGAUGAAGAAACCAUCGAGGAGACCACCGAUGAAAGUCAAGAGCAAGCUGCGAAUACUGGCCAAGGCCAAGCUCAACAUGAAUCCCUUUCCUCUGAAAACUCUUCCCAGCCAUUAUUUGCCUCUUUCCCCUCGAUAACAAUGAGUCCCUCCAAAUUUCAAAGCCAUUCGCAAGAGGAUAGGCAAGCGAAUCUGCAAGGGAAUAAUGAAGGCAAUUCUCAAGGCAAUUCGCAAGAGUCUUCGCAAGGAAAGUCUCAAGAAGUAGCCAGCACCCUUCUUUCACUCUCUCAUGCUGUUCCUCCUCCUCCUCAAACCUUGCCUGCACCGAUCCAACCAUCUUCUUUUCCUCCAGCUGCCUUUUUGCAACACAACCCAGCUCUCCCGGCGCCACAAUCAACUACAACUCAACCUCCUGUGCCGUCAUCCACUCCUUCGCAAGCAACACAUUCAUCUCCCAUGGUCACUCCUACCCCUUCGCGAACCAGUAUGAGUUUUCCUUCUGUUCGCCAACAACAAAUCCUUUCAUUGGUCCAUUCUACAGCUCAAAUUGCUUCAGACAAUGCAGACCAGUCACCUUCCACUGUUUCUGCUGGACUCAAACGUAAAGCCAACGAGCCUGAGCAGUCUCCAGUCAAGGUACCACGUUUGGAAGCUGGAAACUGGGGUAUCAAAGGCAUGCAAUCUGCUGCCAAGCAGUCCCAGGAAGUGUCUACAGCUCCUGUGGUUCGCAAAAACCCUCAACAAGUGGCUCAAGGAUCGGUUUCGCUUGCAGGUCCUUCCUCUCAGCCUGGUCCCUCUUCACAUGCUAUUGGUCCCUCUCAGAGAACCUCAAGGGUUGACCCUGAAGCUUGGUUGAAGAAAAUCAUCAUGAACAAAGGCAAAUCUUCGACAUCUGACGCAAGACCAACCGUUGAUACUGCUCCUCUGGCCUCAAGUGUAGUUGUUCCUGAGAACAAGCUGCCACAAUCAGAACAACCUGGUGCUUUGUCCUCUCAACCUGGUUCCUCCUUCUCUCAACCUGCCACCACUGUGAAUCUCCCCCCCAAGCCAACUGCAUCUUCCUCAGACUCUCUCGGUCCGCUUUUCGAGAAACCAUUCGCUCCCUCGCUGACUACUCCUCAACGCGAAACUCCAUUCAUUCUUCGUCCACCAGCAAAUCUCGAGGAAGUAGCUACUUGCUUCGACUUAGUGAAUCACUUCCAUGAGACUGAGGCUGUUCAUGAAAAUGCCUUCGCACAGACAGCCAUGUCCGAUAUCUUGCGAAUGUUUCAAUACUUCCAACAAUCCACAAGUAUUCAUCGUAGACGUCUGACUCAGGGGGUGACCACAGCAACUCAAGGUGUUCUAGCCUUACAAGAUCGAUACGAUGCUGCGAUUGCUUCAGAAGAUGGUCUAAGAUCUGAGCUUGCAAGAGUUAAACAGCAUCUCAUCUCCAUGGAAGAGCUAUAUACUUCUCAAGUCAAAAUCAAUGAAAAUCGUGAGAAAGCUAUUGAAGAUAUCAAGAAGGACCUGGGUGAUCAGAUUGCUUCGCAGAAUGUACAGAUCAGCUCUUUAAGUGGUCAGGUCAGUGUGCUCAGUGAUCGCUGGUCUGCAGCUGUCAAAGACAAGGAGGAUAUGGUCAAGGAAGUGACUGAGAAAGAUGAGAAAUCCAGGAUAUUAGAGUCCAAACUUGAGAAUACCAAUGCGAAUCUGUUGGAGGCAGCUGGGGUGGUGCAGCAGGCUAUUGAGGACAAGAAUCAGCUGGUCAAGGAAAGAGAUGAUAUCCGUGAGAUGUAUGAGAAGGAAACUAAGGUGCUAGGAGAAGAGCUGGAGGAAACCCAAAGCGCACUCCAAAACGUUACAGAUAAGUACGUAUCGCUGAUGUCCAUCAACAAGGGUGUGGCUGGUGAGCUUUCAAGGAUGAGAGAUGUGGCCGGUCUACCAAAGGUAGUUGCGAAACUUGACGAAGAAGGUGAGGUGGUGUUUGUAGAUAUGUCAAGCGUAUCUUCUGAGUCUCCCAAUAUUGAGGAGGAAGGAGAAGGACAAGACUCUCCCCAUCUCAAGGUUGAACCUCUCGAUUCUCAAGAGCAAAAAAAUCACACUUCCUCUCAAGACAAAGAUGUGAGGAGAAGCAAGGAGCCCGGCGAAAAGCUGUAUGGUGGUGAAGCGGUAUUAGGGUCAGGAGAAGGUCCAGAAGCGCCCUUUUAUGUUCGCAAACAACUGCGAAAGAGUGUGGAAAGCAUCUUUUCACUCUGCAAAUAG